AUCGUAGUAGAUUGUUGAAGUACGCGCGCGCAAAACGCGCAAAGUCGCAACCAAAUCGCACAUUUGUACGCUUUUUACAAAUCAUUUUCUAUUACGACGCGCUUCGAAAUAGCCGCGCGCGCACACACAACACGGACGCGCGCACUGAUCUCCACCGGAAUCACUUGCCUGUAAUACAAUCCAUUCACAUACGGCUAGAGAAAAUUGUCAAUAAACGAAAGACAACGGAAGCCACUCGUGCGAACGGUGUUUUUGUUUUUUGUUGUUGCUGGCGGGCGGUUAAUCGCUUUGGGGUGGUGUAUUGCGUAAAAUAUAAGAAUCGUGAAUCAGUUGGUCACACAACGACGCGCGUGUAAGUUGUCAACGCGUACACACACAUGAGUACAUAAAUCGGAACAAAUAUUUAACUUUGCCUAUUUGAUUUGGCGUUACCAAAUUUCUAGAUAAAAUUUUAGUUUUUAGCUUCGGUUUCAUUUUCGUUUACUUGUCAGCGUAUAGUUUGAAAGAAGUGAGCAAAAAGAUUCCUAUUCUUAGUAUCAUUGCAAAUGUGUGCUUUUAUUUGCAAGUAGCUGCAGUCUUGUAGCUUUGUGCGUGUGUAGCGGUUGUUAGGUGGAAAAUUAUUUUAAUUGUGUAAUGUGUUUGCUACGUGCUAAUUAAUUUCAUGCCACUAAUAACAACUAAGGACCAACACCAACAGUUGUCACAGAUCGAGAGGAAUUGCGAGUUAAAAAAUAUGCGAGCUUACAAAAGUACAAUAUAUUAAAAAAAAUAAGAAAAAUAAUGUCAAUAAUUGCACAAUGAAAAGAAAAAAGAGACCAUAAAAAUAAGACCAAAUACAACAACAAAAAGUAAACUACAACAAAAAAUUUGUGAUUUGAAAUGUUCGUAAUUUGUGAGAGUGUUAAUUAAUGUUUUACAAAUGAUCGAAUGGUGGUGAUUCUAUUACUAUCGCCGCCGCCACCAACACCACAACCACCGUACACAACAACAGCAGCAGCAGUAACAACCACAAAUGGCUGUGAUAGAGGAUCAAACGAUAGCAGCACCGUAUCAACGACAUCGACCGGCGAUACCGUUAUACCCACUAUCUAUACCGACAUUAAAGGAAUACCACUGCCAAAUGAAGCCACAUACCAGCACUAUCAACCACCCCAACCACCGGCACCAACGGCACUUGUACAAUCACAAGGACAGCAACAACAACAACAGCAUCACCAUCACCUACAAAUCAACACUCUCGGCAAAUACGGACAGCAGCGUCAACGACGCCAACGUGCGCAUUCGUUGCAUGAAAAAACAGCACAACAACAAACCAAAUCCUUCUACCAUACAACAACACCACCACGAUCUAGUCAUUUGCGUAGUGCGGAAAGAAACACCAGUGAACGUGAUAGAUAUUCAAACGCGGCGUAUACACAUGAUGCGCGGCGCGCAUACACGAGGCAGCACGGGCGCGUUAGCGAAGAGCGCGCAGGCAAGGUGUCCAGUACACAGUAUCCACCAAGAAUUAUCGUAUCACCACCACCGCCACCGUCACCACCACUACACGAACCCGACGCAACAGACUCAACGGCAGCAGCGCCAGCACCACCACCGCCGCCGCCGCCUCUGCCCAAAAGCCAGCCACCCUACAGCCCUAGCUAUUGCUGUUGGUGUGGGGAGGUGCAAUCACAUCUACAUUCACAUGCGUCGUGUACGAACCCGCUGCCAAAGCCGCCCAGAAGUGGCGCAACUCACAGUACGAGUACCACUGCCGCCGCCGCGUCGUCUAACAUUCCGCGCGUUGGUGAGACGCGCAGAAAAUCAAGUGCUGGAAGAACGUCGCAAGCGCGUUGGUCUAUUCCACCAGCACAAGAUCCCGCCAACAAUACAACUCACCAGUGGCGUCAACACAUCUCUCCAACACACUCGCUUCCUUUUUUUAUGCCUGCUUCUUAUUCUACUCCAGCAGUGCGACAACAACAAAUGCUACCAGCCAAUGCGAAUUACUACAACUAUAGCAAAUACGACAGCAACAACAGCAACAAUUAUAAUAAUACUAACACCAAUGAUUAUGUACGCCACGUGACACGUGUUAAUUUCUAUGAUGUUGUUACUUCGCAGGUCGAAUUCGAGCCCAAAGAUGAUAGUGAUGAAUGCGAUACGGAAGCUAUUACCAAAGAAGAAGAAUGGAUAACAAAAAGAAAAACCGAACUUACAACAACACGCCAGAUAGAGACACGUGUGAAGCGACAAUUGGUGCUGGCGGAUGGCAAAGUAGUGGAAGAUUCAGGGCCAAUUGUCUCGACGAAUACGACGGAGGAUACAGAUAAACAGGAAACGGAAACAACAGAGAAACGCGAUUUAGGUAUACCCAUCGAUAGUAUAGCAGUGGAGGUCAAUGGCGGUGCACUCGAGGCGCCUGACACCGUUGACGGUCAAGUGGCUGUGCUGCCAGCUGAAAACUCCAAAAUUAUUCAGAAAAUGGUGCCGCGCCCAGCAGACGGGCUAGUACGCGAAUCGAACGACAAACGCGUGAUUACACACGAAGAGGUCAAGGAUUACUUAGAAACGGAAGAUGUGCGCAAUCUAGGCGAUUUCUCGGACGAAACCUAUGUGAAGGCAGUCAAUAGCGGCGUCGAGAAUCUACAAGAAGUUUUACGCGCAGCGGAAAAUCAUAAACAACUUGUGCCAUUAGGUCCACGCAUUAUCGCCAAUACCACCAAGUCGUUUAAGACAAUUGAUUCGGAGGACGUAGAGAAGCGUUGCCUGCUCCAAGCGGACGGAAAGCUCGUUACGGAGAGCAAGAAGACAACCGAACACGAAGUUAUCGUAGACCGUGAAUUGCCUGAAGAGGACGAUCAUUCGACCGGUAGUCGUGAGAAAAUCGAAACUGUGGAAGCUACACAACAUCUCUACAAACAACGUGACGAGCAAUACGUCGAUAAGAUUGUUGAUGGCAAAGUUGUUAAUACCGAAAUGAAAUACGCCGCCGAGACAAUGCAAAUUGAAAAGGAUGGCUCAUUGGAACGACCCGGUGAUUGGGAUAGCUUAUCGGAUCGUAUGCGAAAGCUACGUCGACCACACCAGAAGAGUGCUUUGCAGCCACAUAAGGAAGCCACACUACUGGCUGAUCGUAAAGAUGCGCUAACCAAGCGACCAUUGGAUUUCGAUCGUGAGGAGGAAACACGCAAGGGAGAAACGAUCAAAUGGUUGGAAUCACAUUUCGGCAGCGAAUCAACUGCUUCUAAUGACUCGCGUGAAGAUGACGGUGCCGGCGAUAUAGAGCCGACUAAAAAGACAUUCUUCAAUGUUACCAUAAAAUCAAAUCAAACACCAACACCUACGCCACUGACCAAUGGUCAUCGGUUGUCAGCGAGCAAUACAUAUGAACGCAAACAAUCGAAAGAUCAUGUGAUCGAGACACAUGGACCGAAUGGACCGGGUGGACGUUCAAAGUACUACCAGGGCAUCUCAAAUUGGACCGAACGUAAGGAGCCGCCAGUGAAUCAUUUCGCUUCGAAAGCCUUUCGUGAUGAUCUUCAAGAAACCGUUGAGCGCAAUCGGCUGCGACGCGACAAGCAGCAAGACAGUCAUUACGUAGUCGAGUCUACAGACAACUACGUUAGUCGUGAGGAUAUUCUGCAUCAGAAACAACGCCAGAGUUUAUCUUCGCAGUUUUUGGCGAAAAGUAAUCGUAAUUCACUUGAUCGACUCGAUGAUUUGGAAGCGUCAAACGUGGGUGUUGGUAUUAAAAAGACGAGCCGAGAUAUGGGUGUGCGCCACAAAAGCGGUUCGCGCGGUGAUCUUCGUUACAGUGGAUUAAAUGGCGGUGAGUUGGACAACAACAAACGCGCUUUCAUGCCAGCCAAACAACAAAAUCAGAAACGUGAUUUAGAAAUUCCGCGUUCACCAGCUGACUUUGCACCAAGUGCCGCCAAAAAGUAUGAAUACAAUGAAAUACGUAGUCGCAGUUACGAACACACUUUGGAGGAUACUUCACGUGGCGUUGGCUAUGAGUUGCAUAAUACGAACUCGCUGAAGCCAUUACCUCUGUCUGAAUCACGUGCUAUUUCGCCCGAACGAGAAACCUUUCAAACUAACACGCUCGGUCGCCCCACAGUGCCACAACGUCGUCGCGCCAUCGAAAAGAAACUACGACAGCAACACAGCGCCUCACCGCCGCCGCCACAAAAAGUGCCAUUGGAGCGCCAGCACGCGCAUAGCCAACGAAAUUUGCUGGAACCACCGCCAGACUAUUCGCCACCGCCACGUAGUCGCUCCUCAUCGCCGCAAGUGGAAUAUGUGAAUGGUGUACGAAAUCAGCGCAACUAUCGCAAUAAUAUCGCUGACCAUGUACCCAACAGUUAUGGACCACCUAGCCAAUUGGUCGGUCAGAGCACCAGCACGUUGACACGAAAGCAAAAUCAACGCACACGAUUUGCACCGACCACACAACACGAACAUGCGCACUCGCAGUCAUACAUGCGUCCUGUGAUGGCGACACAAACCACACAAACGACAGCCUCAACCAUUUCCAACUCUACCGUCACCUCGCACAAAUCCAGCAAAAUGGGUCAGGUGAUAGGUAAUUCGCUACGUAAGCUGGUCAAUAAGAUACGAUCGGCCAGUGCUGAGCGCAAAAUGCGCAUGAAGUCGCGUAGUAAGUCACGUGAGCAAUCGCCAUCACCACAAACUGUCGACAAGGUUGGCCAACAAACUACCUACCAGCAGUAUAAUCUCAUAGACAGCCAUAUCGGCGGUCAGGGUGGUGUCUCCGGUGAGUCUGAGUUGGAGAGUAUGCCGCAGGAGACGACACAGGCGCAUAAGAACUACAUACAUGCGGCAACUCUAGAGCGCAACGGUCAAAUACACAAAACACAAUUCAAACGUGCCAAUUCGGCGGAUCCAUACGCCAAUGAGCGGAGUGAAAUUGGCGAACGCGGACCGAGUCCAAGACAACGUUACUACUUGGGUGAAGAUCCGUACUCGAGCACUUUGUAUGGCAAGGAAAAUAUGUAUGUAUCCGGUUCUGUCGGCAAGCGCAAGACAUUAGCGCCCAGAGAUAUUGUGGAUGCUGGCUAUGCGGGUAAGCAGGAACGAAAUAACCGUGAAACAGUGAAUGCGAACCGUCGCGAUGAAGGAGAUCUUUACAAACAGAGAAAUGUGACGACCAGCACAUUGGGACGAUAUCAACGCACAAGUCAAAAUUUUGCCGCCUCUACGCCUAACUUAAAUCAGGACUAUCGCACGACCCAAACAUUGCCACGCAAACUGCAGGACCAUCAGCAACAACCACAGCAACAUCACCAUCAACCGUUGCAUGCGACACAAUCGUCCACAUAUCAGCGAACUGGGCAACAUCUAGUAACUAGUGGCUACAGCACUUUGGGGCAUCCUGAACAUCGCACACAAUACCAGCAGCAGCAACAACAACAGCAGCAAACAACAGUUGGUCCGGCGAAACCUGCGCGUACCUACGCCAAAGCGCUGAAUCGCAGCAAAAGCUUCAACGUGCAUGCCAUGAACGGCGGUCACGACCCCAGUCCGAUUUACAUUGAAAAGCUGACAAAGAAUAAUUACAUGAACAACGCAAACAAUGGUCACAACACCAGCAAUUUAUAUGCCAGCCAAGCCUACAAAUCGAAUCCACAUCUUUAUAGCGGUCCCUCGAAGGAGAACUCACUACAGAGUGGACUGAAAAGUCCCUCAAUUGUGAAUCUGAUAAGCCGAAGUCAGAAGGAUUUAACUAAAAUUGACAGUUUAGAAAGUGAGCAAAGUGAUAUGCUGGAAAAAAAGCAAAUAUUCAUGCGCGGUCUGCACCAGCAAGCGCCCGAUCUCUACAAGACAUUGCAUGGCGAUGAGAGUUACACCGCUCACAGUGCGCCAAGUAAGUACCAUCAGUUGCGCCACUCCACAUCACUGGAGACGCGUUCGCCGAUUGAAAUCAAUAAGGAUACGGCAAGUAUUGUGCGUAGAGACAGCUCAAGCAAUGAUGGUUAUGUGGUAAAUGCUUAUACUAAUAAGACUACAAUGGAGAGUGCGACAGCCAAUAGGCGUAUACUCUAUAAGGACGAACCAAGACGUCGAACACCGGGUGCCACCAUAAUUUCUGUGCGUAACGAAAUGGAAAAAUGAUUGUGUGAAAAAUUAAAGAUUAUUUAACUGAAAAAUGCUUAUGAAUGUGUAUAUAAUAGCCCUUAACCAUUAAAUGGUUAUUCGAAGCAGCGCACUAUAUAGAUGGAAAAAUCGCUUAGGAGAGGCUUAACUUUCAUUUGACGGGUUGCAAAUAAAAAUUGGAAGCCUAUUAAUAAUACAUAUGUAUGUAUUUAUCUUGCACUAUCAAAGGUAGUACUCUAGCACCAACUCUUACAGCAAGCAAUAGCAAUUAAGAGCACAAAACGAGUAAUGAAGCACUAUAUGCAUCGUAUUUUUAAACAUUAUAAAAGCUGCAUUCCUUCGCUAAUACCUGUAAUAGAAGAUUUUUUUCAAUAUUUCCUGCUGUUGCCAGAGUUGCAUGUGACAUAAAAUAUUUAAGUUAAUUGAAGAAAUUUAUGUCGUGAGUUUGACUUCCGGAGACUGCAAUUUGAAAAACAUUUGCUAUUCAAUGUUAUACACUUUACUUUUUCCCAUUAAAAAACUUUUUUGCAAGGCCAUUAGACUUUAGUUUUGCUUUCUUCCAUAUGUAGCAUAACAUUAAGACACUUAUAUGUACAUGAAACUGAAUAAUGAACUUACAGUAAAGCUCAAGUGCUAGUUAUUAUUGUUUUAAAAGUUAUUUCUUAUAUUUUCAUAAUUUUGUAUUUUUUGAAUUCACAAUAGAGAAUUUUUUAUUUAAACUUUAAGUUUAAUAUUUUCCACUCAAUUCUUCAAAGCCGUAACUUUGUACAAUGAAAUUAAUGUUAAUAUUCCUUUUUUAUUUAUUAAUUUUUUUUUAUAAUUUGUAUGGAAGGAAUGUAGCCAUGAUUUGUUUGUAGGUGUACGCCACAUUUAUGGCGUAUACAGAGUUUGGUAAUAGCUUUAGUAAUAAGUAAAAAAAUAAAAAGAAGACAAAUAACUAGAAAUCAAUAUUUAAUAAUUUAAUUGAAAUUUAAUCACAACUGGAAAAACAAUUUAAGCUAAUUACUAAGUAAAAUUAGUUAUCAAAUUAGAUAAUAUACAUAACACAUUUAAGUAUAUUUAGUACCGUUAUAAUCUUUAAUUUCAAGCUGAGUUUUUAUAAAUAAUGAAAUUAAAUUAGCGUAAAAUGCAUGAUUGCAGUUAAGCUUAGUUUUAGUUAUUACAAUUUUUAAUUUUCUCCCUAUAUGAAUGAACUUACACAAACAUAUUAUGAACUACAUAUAUAAUAUAUGUAUAUAAAUAUUUGAAAUAAUCAUUGGUUUUAUAUAAUUAUAAUUAACAAUACCUGCAGAUUAGUUGUAUAAGUUAUUAAUGAAAACCUUAUCGAUUUUUAUUCAACUCUAAUAUUUAUUAAAAGUUCUUCCAAAUAAGUUUAAAAUUUUACUUAAUUAGUUUAAUUAACAUUUUAUUUCAAUACUAAUAAAUCGAAUUAAACAUGUAUUUUAUUUGAUAAAAAGUUUAUUUCAGUUAGAUUUCUUAACAUUAGAACAUAUGUAUGUGAAUCAAACAUUUAGUUUCAUUAAAAUGUCGGAAAUGCGAAUAAAGUGCCAAAUCUAACAACCAA